UCUAUACCCCUCUCAUUUCUCCCGAAGAACAUUUACUUAUUUUUAUUCGUAAGAGGUAAAAGAUCGGUUACUUUUUUUGAAGAGAGGACUUUUUCUCUCCCAUUUUUACGGUAACUCUCACUCAAAUUUUUACUCCACUUAUUAACUGCUUUGAAUUGAAUAUUCUCCUCUUUUCUCUAUCAUUUCCAGUCCAACUAUUCUUGAUGUAAAAAAUCAAGAGAAAUCUUUCAAGAAAAUGAAUCCCACAAUCAAAAAAACUAUUACUACCAAGAUAAUUGAAUCGCCGUCAUUGAUAAACAAAUUGAGCUCACGAGUGGUGCGCAUUUCUGUUAUGGAUUGUGAUGCAACUGAUUCAUCGAGCGAUGAAAAGGAGGGAUUGGAUACGAAUAUGAAUAUUCAGAGAGUGAAAAAGCAUGUGAAUGAGAUUAGAAUGGAGAGGAAAUGUGUUCAGGCAAAGAAAAGUGUAAAUGGGAAGACUAAGAAUGUGAAGAAAAAAAGGGCGCCACCGCCGCCGGCACCAGUGGCAGGAGUUGAGGGAAAUGGGAAGAAAUUCCGGGGUGUUAGGCAGCGGCCGUGGGGGAAAUGGGCGGCAGAGAUACGUGAUCCAGAACGGAAGACUCGUGUCUGGCUGGGGACUUACGACACGGCGGAGGAAGCCGCAAUGGUUUACGACAGGGCGGCGAUUCAAAUACGCGGUCCAGAUGCUAUAACUAACUUUAUCAAGCCGCCAGAGAGGGUGGUGGUGCUGGCGUUGGAGGCUAAUGUAACGUCAGUUUCGGGUUAUGAUUCUUGCAAGGAUGAGUCUUGCGAGAACCUUUCCUCUCCCACCUCAGUUUUAAAUAGUAACGGUGGCAUUGUCCGGUCCGAGUUAAAAAAAACUGACGAGAGACAAAAGAUUUUUAUUGAAGAUAGGAAGCUGGUUGGAUCGACCGUUAUGGUGCAAAAUGAAGUCGAUUUGUUAAUGGACGAUUCGUUGCCAUUGGAUCAAUGUUUCUUGACGGAAUAUUUCGAUUUUCAGUCUCCUUCACCAUUAGUUUUCGACGAAAUUAAUGUUGCAAAAACAGAAUUGGAUGAAGAUCCAAAUGAUGUUUCAAUUGAUUUGGAUGCAGAUUUUAGGUCUCCUACAUGGGAUGUGAAUGAUUUCUUUGAAGAUCAAUUUUUUGGUGAAUUAGAGAAUUCAUUUGGUGCUGCUUUUGAUGCCUAAUUUUGGAAAGUGUUGGUGGUUAUAUUCUUGUUUUGGUAUCAUCUUAGCUAUGUAAAUUUCUAUUGCAGCAAGUCUAUGGAAAAUUCUAUAAAUAUUUAUUAUUCGGAUUUCUUACUUUCCUUGCAAUUUG